CCCCCUCAUGUUCAAUAAAUUUUUAAACAGAUGUUUCAUAAUCUGGAUUGAUUACAUCGUACUUGACUAUCGAUAUUUGGCGAGCCGUUCCGAAUGAUUACGCCAGAUAUAUGCUACCGUAAAUCUAUUAUGGUGGAUCUAUACAUCAAAUUUUGAAAUAAAACAUGACAUCGGAAAAGGGAGUUGUAGGCAGGAAUUUCAUAAUCGAAGAAAACUCGUGCACACCAUGUAGGAAAACAGAGAAGAAUGCUGUGUCCAAGUACUAUUGCACCGACUGCGAAGCAUAUUUCUGUGAACCCUGUUUCCAGUUCCAUACGCGAAUUCCUCUUCUAGAAAAGCAUAUAGUGUUAAAAGGAUCAGACAUCGGUAUUUGGUCAAAACUUCCUUACAAAUGCAAAACACAUGACAAGAGUUAUGAAUUCUUCUGUGGGACACACGGGUCGCUGUGUUGUCACGUUUGUGUGUCGUUACAACAUAGGUCCUGUUCUGAUAUGGAAUACAUACCUGAAAAAGCGAAAAGUAUAUGCACAAAACAAGAAUUCAAAGACAUGAAGACAAAUACAGACAAAGAAAUAAAAGAAGUCGUGAGCUGCAAAGAAAAUUUUGACAAAAAAGCCAUAAUCAACAAAAACUCAAAAGAAAAGUGUAUUAAAACUUUAAAAGAACAUCGAAAAGUGAUAAAUGACUUAUUUGACUCUUUGGAGAGAAAAACAGUUGAAUAUAUGGAUAUAAAAUUCAAUGAAAACAAUAAGUUUAUAAAUCGAGGAAACUCUGAAAUACAGGUGUACACGCAAGAACUAGUUCAUCUCAAGGAGCAGCUGGAUACUGCAACACCUGAAAAAGAAGUUCUUGUCUUCAUAUCUUUAAAGAAAGGAGAGAAGACAUUAUCUGAUAUCAAACAGAAGCUUUCUAAAUUAGAUGCAUCACCAAAUAAAGACGAGUAUCAACUGGUAACCCAUUCAGAAAUAGAGAGGUUUAUUCAAAACUUGCCUGACCUAGGAUACAUUGAAGACGAACAGUCAAGACAAGAUUCAGCAUCUGAUGAUGUAUCAAACAUAGCGAAAAGUCCAAGGAAGGAGCGCAAUAUUUGCCAAAUAUGUGGCCGACGAUGUUACAACAGAAAAUGCUACAGCUGUUCUACAUGAGGAAUUACACUUGUUCUUUGCGAGGGAACUUAUUGACCUAUUAAACUAUCAAGCAGGAUUAUAUUAAAUCUUUAUGAGAGAAGUGAGGCUUGCUGUGAGUUAAUAUAAAUCCAAAUUUGUAUGGAUGUAAAAUUUAACAUGGUUUCUAUACAUAUACAUUAUUAUACCAUAUAUAAUUAUAAAUGUUCAAAUCAAAUUGCCAUUUCCCCAUAAUUUAUUUGGUAUAAUGCUGCUUAAUUCAAUCUAAGUAUGACUCGGACAAAGGUUUUUGAUGACAGUUUAAUGGUUCAUCAAAGACGCUAUUUACAACAUAAAUUUUUAUAUAUAUAAUUAUGUCAUGUACGUAACAGGUUGUUGCCUUUAGUAAAGUGAAAGUCGGAUGUUUGCAAUCUAUAAAAAAUGUUCAAAAUUCUGGCUGAAAAUUUAUUCAAUAUAUUGAUGAGUUUGAUUUUAUUUAUUCAAUUAAAACAUUAGUUUUUGUCACAAUAAAGACAUUUUUGACUGAGCAUUUAAAAGCUACGUGUCGUUUCCUAUGGCCAAGGUCAGUUUGUGAAGACAGUUAUCACAAAAAGUCAAU